AUCUCAAGAGUCUGUCCAGGUUCCGCUUCCCGUCAUAAACAAAACUUGUGAAUUUACUUCCACAAGAACCUAAACUAAAAGCCAUUAUGGCUCUCAUUGGCAGCACCUCCAUUACUCCCACCAAGCCUUCCUUCAUUCAGCCUCAAACUCCGCCCUUCACCGCUAAAACCAGAUCAAAUAUCCUCCCCAUCUCCGCCGUCCACGCCGCCGAUUCCACUAAACCCUCUGUGAAGAGCUCAACGACGCCGGCAACUCAGCCAAUUACCAAGACCCACAAUGCGGGUACAGGGAAAUGGACGGUUGAAAGCUGGAAAUCGAAGAAGGCUUUGCAGUUGCCGGAGUACCCGAACAAGGAAGAGCUGGAAUCCGUUCUUAAAACUCUGGACGCAUUCCCUCCGAUUGUGUUCGCUGGUGAGGCCAGGAGUUUGGAGGAGCGCCUUGGUGAAGCCGCUGUGGGUAAAGCGUUUUUGCUCCAAGGAGGAGACUGCGCUGAGAGCUUCAAAGAGUUUCAUGCUAAUAACAUUCGUGACACUUUCAGAAUCCUUCUUCAGAUGGGUGCGGUGUUGAUGUUCGGUGGUCAAAUGCCCGUUAUCAAGGUGGGGAGAAUGGCGGGGCAAUUUGCGAAGCCGAGAUCGGACCCAUUUGAGGAGAAGGAUGGCUUGAAGCUACCGAGUUACAGAGGGGAUAAUGUUAAUGGAGACGCUUUUGAUGAGAAAUCUAGGAUUCCAGAUCCACAGAGGAUGAUUAGAGCUUAUUGUCAAUCCGCUGCUACCUUGAAUCUUCUCAGGGCUUUUGCUACUGGUGGUUAUGCGGCUAUGCAGAGGGUUACACAGUGGAAUUUGGAUUUCACCGAACACAGCGAGCAAGGAGAUAGGUACCGUGAACUUGCUAACCGGGUUGAUGAGGCCCUUGGAUUUAUGUCUGCCGCUGGACUCACUGUUGACCAUCCUAUCAUGACAACAACUGAGUUCUGGACAUCACAUGAGUGCUUGCUCUUGCCAUAUGAGCAGUCACUUACAAGGCUUGAUUCAACUUCUGGCCUUUACUAUGAUUGCUCUGCACAUUUUCUUUGGGCUGGAGAACGAACCAGGCAGCUGGAUGGUGCUCAUGUUGAGUUUCUGAGAGGUGUUGCAAACCCCCUAGGCAUUAAGGUCAGUGAUAAGAUGGAUCCAAAUGAGCUAGUUAAGCUCAUUGAGAUUUUGAAUCCUCAGAAUAAACCUGGGAGGAUAACAAUAAUCACAAGAAUGGGUGCUGAGAACAUGAGGGUAAAGCUUCCCCAUCUGAUCAGGGCAGUCCGCCGGGCAGGCCAAAUUGUUACAUGGGUCAGUGAUCCCAUGCAUGGUAACACCAUAAAGGCUCCCUGCGGUCUCAAAACUCGUCCCUUUGAUGCCAUCAGGGCUGAAGUGAGAGCGUUCUUUGAUGUGCAUGAGCAAGAAGGCAGCCACCCAGGAGGUGUACACUUGGAGAUGACGGGCCAGAAUGUAACAGAGUGCAUUGGUGGGUCAAGAACAGUGACAUUUGAUGACUUGAGUUCACGCUACCACACCCAUUGCGACCCAAGACUCAAUGCUUCACAAUCACUCGAGCUUGCCUUUAUCAUCGCUGAACGCCUUAGAAAGAGAAGGAUCAAUUCACAGCAACCUCUUGUCUCUUCCCCCUCUUCUUCCUUCUCGAUGCUGUAGAUUGGCUCAAGGGGCCUCACAAAUAUGUUAUUUUUAUAAUUAGACUGUACUACUAUUUUAAAUUCUGAAGUUUUGAUUUAAUUUAUGUUAUGUAUUGUAUGUGUAUACUGGAAGUGAGAACCAAAGAAAUAAAAAAUAAAAUUGUGAGUUUAUCAAAA